AAACAACCAAAGCAAAGAUCAAAAAAGAAAAAGAGGAGAAAAAAUUCUACCCCACCAAAGGUUUCUGUGAUGCUAAAGACAAGCUCCAAAAGAACAGGGUUGUUGUCAUCAAAGGAAACACGGGAGACGGUAAAACAGCAAUCGCCGUUCAACUCCUUCAUUGGCUGAGUCGGGAGCAAGGAGCCGGACAACCCAUACAACUUCACAAGAUUAAGAAAUUAGAUUUAUUGGCUCCAAACUUAAAACUGAUCACUUUUAUUGAUGAUGUUUUUGGUGAGAAAGAUGUGUGUAAAAAGGAUGUACAAGAGUGGAACAAAAGAGUCUCAAAUGUAAAAACACUUUUUCUUGAUGAGCAAACAGAGACCAAUUUUCUCCUCAUUACUGUUCGCAAUGAAGUAUUCAAUUCUUUAGAAAAACGUUCUUUGGGAACAAUUUUUACCAAAGACAACUUAAUUGAUCUUAGCUCUGAUACAUACAAAGUUGAAGAAGAGAAAAAAGGACUAUUAGAGCUGUAUAAGCCAGAAAACUUUUCAUGGACAGACAAAGAAAAAACACAAAUUUUAACUUGCGCACCAAACAUUGGAUUCCCACAAUGUUGCCAGCUUUUCUGCAAUUCUAAAAAAUUGCAGAAAGAACGAGUGAGAUUUUUUGAAAAUCCUUUUCAUUUCUUGAAUGAAGCAUUGACAAGAUUAGAAGAAUGUUCUGCACUUUUGUUUCUCUUCCUCAAUAAUGGUAUGAUAAGUGUAAAAGAUCUGGAUCCAAACAGUCAAAAAGUCAACCUAAAAUUGCUGGAAGAAGCUUUUGAUCUCAAUUUAAUUGAUGGUGAAAAUGACAGUACCAAAUUGACAUAUAAGAAAAAAGUAGGAUGUGUAAAAGAAAGUUUAGAAAAAUUGUUAGGAUUUCUAGUAGUGAAGGAGAAAUAUUGGUGGUCUGGUGAGGAUGUGUACAGAUUUAAUCAUGAUUCUAUUUAUGUUGCUGUGGCACUUUUGUACGGACAAGUCACACCGAUUGGCUUCAUACAGAAUUGUCCCAGCGAAUCCCUCAGUUAUCUAACAACCUCAAAAACAGCUACAAACAUGAUUGUCAUAUCAUCUGAUCAGUAUACAGAAAUGUGUGAGCGUCUACUCCGAGAGUUUGAAUGUGAGGAGAAUCGAUAUGGUACUAGUAUUGGCUCUCUAGAUGUAUGGAAUGAUCCUGUAUUUGUUAAAAGAUUUGUCAGGUUGUUGAAUGACAGAAAAGUUGACAAACUUGAUGUGUUGAAAAAAGCAUGUUGUUCUGGUGCAGAAGAAUGUGCUUUAUAUCUUCUGUGUGCGGGAGUAGAACCUGACGAGGACACAGUGUUUAGUGUGGUGUGGGGAGGGAGUGUGAAACUGUUACGUAAACUACUGGAGUAUAACGUCACCCCUACAGCGAGGAAUGAGUACAAUGACAAUGUCCUAUAUAAGGCGUGUUGGUAUAGGAGAGAAGAGAUGGUGACGUUGUUAUGUGACACUUACCCACACUUGGUACAUGACACUGAUUGGUGUGGACAAACCCCGCUCUAUGUUGUGGCACGGACAGGAAACUGUUCUAUGUUUCAGACAGUGGAGAGGUGUGUACUUAACUCCUUAUAUAGAGUUGAUGACCAACAACACAAGUGUGAGUCGGUAAAUGGUCGUGUGGUUCAUAGGAACUGUGUGUGUGCUCAGUACAUGGCUCAGUUAGUGGAUGUGUACAGGGGGAGAACGGCGUUCCAUGAGAGUUGUAGGCGGGGUAACAGGGAG